AUGUCCAUCAACAUCUGCAGAGACAACAAUGAUCCUUUUUACCGUUACAAAAUGCCUCCUCUACAGGCUAAAGUAGAAGGUAGAGGUAACGGUAUCAAAACCGCAGUUUUGAACGUUGCGGACGUGGCCCGUGCUCUGAACAGACCUUCUCCAUACAUCGUCAAGUACUUCGGUUUUGAACUAGGUGCGCAGACCAGUAUUUCUGUUGACAAGGAUAGAUAUUUGGUGAAUGGAUCUCACGAACCAGCCAAGCUACAAGAUGUCUUGGACAAGUUUAUCAGCAGUUUUGUCUUGUGUGGAAGCUGCAAAAACCCUGAAACCGAGAUUGUGAUUACCAAGAACGGUGAUUUGAUCAGAAACUGUAAAGCCUGCGGUAAAAGAACGCCAAUGGACCUCAGACACAAGUUGUCUUCGUUUAUUCUAAAGAACCCACCUGAGUCCAUGGAGGGUAAAAACAAGAAAAAGGCUGCCACUGCCUCGGCCAACAUUCGUGGUGGUGGUGUUUCUAUCAGUGACAUUGCCCAGGGUAAGUCCCAGUUCUCGACCCAAAGUGCUGAACAAGCUGAAAACGACCACGGCGGAGACUCGGACGACGACGAACUAGCUCGUCAAAUCAAUGCUGCUGCUUCACGUUUGGAAGAAAUCGACGUGAACAACGACGAGUGGGCGGUCGAUAUGUCUGAAGAGGCCAUUAGAGCUCGUGCCAAGGAAUUGCGCGCGGCUGAGGGUGAAGAUCUAGAGCUCUCUACUCUAGAAGAAUUCGGAGAGUGGAUCUUGAAACAGGACGAGACCCCUUCUGAUGUGGAUCUAUAUAAGAAAGCCUCGGAAUUGGACCUACUGCAAGAACCAAAAGUGGCUUGUGUGCUUGCUCAAGCUCUUUUCGAUGAAGACAUCGUGGAGGAGAUCUCUGAGCACACUGCUUUUUUCAAGAAGCUUUUCGUGACCGAGGAAUUCGAAAAUCAAUUCUUGGGCGGUAUUGAAAGAUUCCUAGGUUUGGAACAUAAGUCUCUGAUACCAGCGCUGCCCAAGAUUUUGGUACAGCUUUACAACAACGACGUCAUUUCCGAAGAAGUUAUCAUCAAGUUUGGUACCAAAUGUUCCAAGAAGUUUGUGCCCAAGGAAGUCUCAAAGAAGGUUCGUAGAGCCGCAAAGCCAUUCAUCACCUGGUUGCAGACUGCCGAGUCCGAAGACGAAGACGACUCAGAGUAA